GUUUAGUGUUACACCAAGACGUGGCACCUAUACGUACGAAAGCGCUUCCACGUUCGCCAUCUUGACAUUCGUCAAAUUUCAGGGUGGGUUGUGAAUGUGUUAGCGUUUUUUAAAGGCAGACAGUGAUUUUAAUAAAAAAGGGUUAAGUGAAGACUGUCGCCAUGGGGAAUGUGUUUGCAAACUUAUUUAAAGGCCUCUUUGGCAAAAAAGAAAUGAGAAUACUUAUGGUAGGAUUAGAUGCUGCUGGUAAAACAACCAUCUUAUAUAAACUUAAAUUAGGUGAAAUUGUAACUACAAUUCCCACAAUUGGGUUUAAUGUUGAGACUGUAGAAUAUAAAAACAUAAGUUUUACUGUAUGGGAUGUAGGUGGUCAAGAUAAAAUUAGGCCGUUAUGGAGACAUUACUUCCAGAACACACAGGGACUUAUCUUUGUAGUAGACAGCAACGACAGGGAGCGUAUUGGCGAAGCCAAAGACGAAUUGAUGCGUAUGCUGGCUGAAGAUGAAUUAAGGGAUGCUGUACUUUUAAUUUUUGCCAACAAACAAGAUUUACCUAAUGCAAUGAAUGCAGCUGAGAUCACCGACAAGUUGGGCUUGCACUCCUUGAGGAAUCGUAACUGGUAUAUCCAAGCUACGUGCGCGACAAGUGGAGAUGGUUUAUAUGAAGGUCUGGAUUGGCUGUCUAAUCAACUAAAGAAUGCCAACCGUUAAGUGCAGUGUUCUCCACAGUCACUCUGUGAUUGUUAAGUACUGGACUGAGUGUUUUUUAAUACCAUAUGUUGCAAAUAUGACGAAAGUUUACUGUUUGCUGCGGUAUUGCAAUUAAUUCACAAUAAUCAUAUUUAUGGUGUACUUGUGUUGUAUAUGACAAACAGUAAACUUAGCGCUGGUUGCACUCGAGUUUUUUAUAUAUGCGUUUUUAAUUUAUUCUGGUAUGCUGAUUAAUUUUGUACAAUAUUGAUUUUUUUGUACUAGCGGUCUGUACAGUAGUUAUUUGUAUUAAUAUAAACUAAAAUAGUAAGUGUUAUUUUUGUAACAUAUGGUAGGACCUGUUCGUCUUUAGAACAUUUUAAAUUGGUUGGGCCCCGCUCAAACAUUUUUAUUGUUUAAAUUGAAUUCUAUUUUGUUUCUUCUAUUUCCAUAUAAAGCUAAAAGAAAAAAUAUUGUUCGAUGCGUUUAGUUUUUGACAACCGCGGGCAUGUGAUUUAAAAGUUAUAGUUGAAGAAAAAGGCAUCAUGGUUAUUCGUGGACAUUCCCGUUUUGUCAAGCUGUAUUAUCAAAAUAAAUUUAUACUAUUAACUUAUUGUCUAUAAUUUAAAUACAUAAUAAAUCUCA